UUCAAGCUUUGCUUCGACACCCUCCCGCUUUCCCCUUUCACACCGAUCGACCAUCUCCACUUCGUUGCAGAAGAUCUCCAGAAGCCGCCAUCAUGUCGUGGGCAGGCUAACCCUUGGAAUUAUCCAGGCUUUAAGAAGAAUGUCAACCGUGCCACCACGCAGGUGAUGAUGAAGACUGGGCACGUGGAGCGGACAAAUGACCGAGACUAUGAGAUUGAAGAACGACGAUACCGCACAAUGGAGGCAGCUGCCAACCGACUGCAAAAAGAAGCCAAGGGUUACCUGGACUCGCUACGAGCCAUGACCGCAUCGCAAAUGCGUAUUGCAGAGACCAUUGAUGCUUUCUACGGCGACGCGAAUACCAAGGACGGUGUCAGCCGAAGCUACAAGCAAGCCGUGGAGGACCUUGAUGCGGAAACUAUCAAGGCCUUGGAUGGGCCCUACCGAACAACCGUUCUCGACCCAAUCAGUCGAUUCACUGCCUACUUCCCCGACGUAAACGAGUGCAUUAAGAAGCGCAAUCACAAGCUUUUGGACUACGAUUCCAUGCGCGCGAAAGUAAAGCGACUGGUGGAGAAGCCCGACAAGGAUGCCACCAAGCUCCCGCGCACCGAACGCGAACUGGAAAUGGCCAAGCAGGCCUACGAGCAGCUGAACGAGCAGCUCUUCACCGAAUUGCCCCAGCUCAUCGACCUUCGCGUGCCAUAUUUGGAUCCUAGCUUCGAGGCCCUUGUCAAGAUUCAGCUGCGCUUCUGUGCCGAGGCGUACUCCCGUAUGGCUCAGGUGCAGCAGUAUCUGGCUGCGGAGACACGAGACCAAUAUGCUCGUGGUGAUCUAGACAACCGGGUUGAGGAGGUGCUGCAAGAGAUUCGUGACCUGAGCAUUGCUGGAACGGUUUAG